AUAACCUCACUGCUAACCUUAUGCCAAACCCUAACCACAAAUUAAGACCAAAUAUAUAUAUAUAUAUAUAUUUUGAUGACUUUUUACGACAUAUCCAAUUUGGACUUGGUGGCUGUGGUAACUAGUCCCAACCUCAGUCUACGAACUAGUUUAACAUAAUAAAGACAACUUGAGUGCCAAGAUAUGACAAGCCUGGUAAGGAUGGGUCAGUAUGUUGCUACGCUUGAUAACUAGUUAUAACUAGCUAGCGUGCUGUUUUCAAGUGUGAUCACGCCAUCCAGAUGUCCACUGCGGAUGAUAACAUGGUACUACUACUAGUAGCUAGCUAGCUCGAUCGCUCAACAACACCACUCUGCGCGUCCAGCUAACGUUAGCGAGCUAGCGUCAUAACGGUUUGUUAGAAAAUACAUUUAUUUUCUUAUCUUCUGUUAGCUAGCUAUAUCUGUUUGCUGAGUUUCGGUAGCCAAAGCAAACACUCACACACAGACAACGUCAAGACCGAUACGAUAGUUAGGGACGUUAUGUCCUGCCUGGCCUAUUGCUAGCUUGUGAGUUUGCUAGUUUUGUAAACUAACGUUGGUUAACGUUAGCUACGUAGUUAGCUAGCUUGAUGUUUUGCUGCACAAUAUCUUACUAUGGAGAACAACGGAGACCUGGACCUAAAUUGCCAUGCAACUGGGGACGUGCGACUUGAUAAGGCUAUUUACCAAUGGAUAACGUGGGAUAAGAAUCCACAGACCAGAGCUCAGAUAGAGGCCCUUUUGCUGGAUGGGCAAGUUGAGGAGCUGAGGCGUAGGCUCUGCUCCAGGAUGGCGUUUGGGACGGCAGGGCUGAGGGCAGCCAUGGGUGCAGGCUUUGCCCUCAUUAAUGAUCUGACCAUCAUCCAGUCCACACAGGGUAUGUACAAAUACCUGGCCAGGUCUUUCCCCGACUUCGGUAGCCGUGGCAUAGUGGUUGGAUACGACACGCGAGCGCAGGAGGCCAGUGGUUGCACCAGUGAACGACUUGCCCGGUUGACUGCAGCUGUGAUGCUUUGUAAAGAUAUUCCUGUGUUUCUUUUCUCCACAUAUGUCCCAACUCCCUUUGUGCCAUAUGCUGUAAAAAGGCUGGGCGCUGCAGCUGGUGUGAUGGUCACUGCCUCUCACAACCCUAAAGAGGACAAUGGAUACAAGGUUUACUGGCACAAUGGAGCUCAGAUCUCUUCUCCUAAUGACAAGGAAAUCCUGAAGUGCAUUGAAGAGAGCUUAGAGCCAUGGAGCGAGUCCUGGAACGAGAGUUUGGCAGACAACAGUCCACUGAGGAGCGAUCCACUGAGGGAGAUAUCCAAAAAGUAUAUGGAGGACCUCAGCUCUGUUUGUUUCCACAGAGAACUCAACACCAAGUCCCCGUUGAAGUUCGUGCACUCGUCCUUUCACGGAGUAGGGCAUGACUACGUCCAGCAGGCUUUCCGGGCAUUUGGGUUCCCCCCUCCUAUCCCUGUGCCAGAACAGAAAGAUCCUGAUCCAAACUUCUCCACUGUUAGCUGUCCAAAUCCAGAGGAAGGAGAGUCUGUUUUGGAGCUCUCCCUUCGCCUUGCUGAGAGAGAGAAUGCCACGAUUGUCAUGGCAACUGAUCCAGAUGCAGAUCGGUUGGCUGUUGCAGAGCAAUCUGACAGGUGCCGAUGGAAAGUUUUCACCGGUAAUGAACUUGCAGCUCUGCUGGGCUGGUGGAUGCUGUUCAAUUGGAAGGAGACUCACCCAGACCCGGCUGAUAGGGAGAGGAUGUACAUGCUGGCCACCACCGUCUCCUCCAAGAUCCUCAAGGCCUUUGCACGGAUAGAGGGCUUCCAUUUUGAAGAAACAUUGCCUGGUUUCAAAUGGAUCGGAAAGAAAAUACACGAGUUGGCAAAAACGGGGAAUGAAGUGAUCUUCGCCUUUGAGGAGUCUAUAGGAUUCCUGUGCGGCAGCAUGGUCCCAGAUAAGGAUGGAGUGAGUGCAGCUGUGGUUGUGGCUGAGAUGGCCUCUUAUCUUUACAACAAGAACCUGACCCUUCAUCAGCAGCUAGAGAACAUCUUUGAAACUUACGGUUAUCACAUUUCCACAACGUCAUAUGUCAUCUGCCACGACCCCCCUACUGUCAAGAGAAUAUUCACACGUCUUCGGAACUUUGAGGGCGAGAACACUUACCCCAGAUCCUCGGGUGGACACAGCAUUGUGGACGUGAGAGAUGUGACUACGGGAUAUGAUAGUAGUCAACCUGACAAACUUUGCGUGCUACCUAUGACAAAGAGCAGCCAAAUGAUCACCUUCACUCUGCAGAAUGGGAUCGUGGCCACACUAAGGACCAGUGGCACAGAGCCAAAGAUUAAGUUCUACACAGAAUUCUGUGCACCACCCGGAAAAAGUGACAUCUCAAGUCUUGAGGAGGAACUUAAGAAAGUAACAGAUACUCUCGUCGAGGAGUUUCUGGAGCCUGUUAAGAACAACUUGAUUCGCCGAUCAAUCUAGUUGGGCUUUUCAUCUCUAUACAGAUGCAUCGGUCGUAUUGUUGUACUAUCCUGCUUAUGUUCUAUUAAUGUUUUUCCUAACUGUGAAACCAAAAUGUACUUCAGACUAUUGCUUGUCUGGGUUUUUUCAUUUGGUGUGCCAAGGUGGGUUACGUGGAUUAAUAUGCAGGAGUAGAAUUUGUAAACCAGAAUCUGCAUAUCUGGUUUUGUCAUAUGAGGAUUUUCCAUUUAUCUAAAAUAAGUAGCCUAAGGUAUACACCAGGACAGUCUGUGCCGUUCCAUGAGACAAAAUCGCAAUGAGGUGAGAUGCCAUGCAGCCCCCAGACAAGGUUUACUCGUGAAAAUGCCUCUUCUCCAUUGUAGUACCCAUACCACUAGUCAUUUUGUUCCUAGUGGGCUGUGCUAAUAGGCACACCUAAUAGAUGUGUAUGUGGUAUAUGAACAGUACCUCUCACUUGUCGCAUGCUGCUUCUAAUCUAUGUACAGUUGAUAAACUGUACCCAAAGGCUAAGUAUUGUAAGGUAUGACAUUGCACAUGUACGUAAUGCAAAUGCCACUCCUGCCUCCCCAUCUGUUACAUUUCAUCAGUGAGCGUUACAGCUUCAAUCAUUUCAUAGUCUUAACACCUGUACUCUGUAAGUACCCAUAUCAAAAUGGUAAUCCAGAAAGGAAGAAAUACACUACGUGGCCAAAAGUAUGUGGACACCCCUUAAAAUUUGUGGAUUCGGCUAUUUCUGCCACACCCGUUGCUGACAGGUGUAUAAAAUGGAGCACACAGCCAUGCAAUCUCCAUAGACAAAUAUUGGCAGUAGAAUGGCCCAUACUGAAGAGCGUCGGCUAGAGUGGUGUUAAGCUCGCCGCCAUUGGACUCUGGAGCAGUGGAAACGCAUUCUCUGGAGUCAUGAAUCACACUUCACCAUCUGGCAGUGUGACGAACAGAUCUGGGUUUGGCGGCUACCAGCAGAAAGCUCCCUGCCUAAGUUUGGUGGUGGAGGAAUAAUGGUUGGGGGGCUGUUUUUCAUGCUUCGGGCUAGGCCCCUUAGUUCCAGUGCAUUAUUAGCCCUAUGUUCACCUGAAUGCCAAAGUCUGUUUCUAUUUGUUGCUUUCUAGCUAAACAAGUCACCUGUUAUGCACAUUUUGUCAUUUCAAUUUUGACAUUUUAUUUUUUUCCUCAUUUAGGAGACUUUGUAGUCACAGCAAUAUGUUUUAACUACUGUGUUAUUUUUUUGAAAGGGGAAUUCACAUAUAACAAAUUUACGUAUUAGAGCAACAAUUGUAAUUUGUAACCCUUAAAUUUUAAAAAUGUAGUGCCGUGGAAUUCCAAAGUCUUUACUGCAACUGUCAUUUUGAAAAUGACCAUGUUAGUCAUUUUUUUGUUUCAGGUAAAAAAAUUAUAUGAAAUGUUUUACUGUGUCUGUAAAAUGUUGUGCAGAUGAGUAGUUGACUACCUUGAAUUUCAAAAUAUUAGCUUGUAUGUAUUGUCAACCUAAAAAGGAUGAAAGUUGUAUUACUUAAAGGAAAACUCCACCCCAAAACUAUAAUUGUAUUUGUUUAAUUUGUCCAUUGUUGAUAUGUUGCAUGUCAUCAAUUAAAUUGGACUAAUGAAACAAACACCAAAAUAACUCAAAUAAAAUCUAAUUUUAUUUGUCACAUGCACCGAAUUCUUAAAUGUUCCUUUAAGCAAAUGUUUGUAAAACAAUUGUUGUGCAAUAUUUAUUUCAUUUUUUUCUUUUUAUUAUGUAACUGUUUUACUCUGUUCUCCAGACCCACCUAAACUUAAAUUAUUUAAUUUGAGUACAUUAUAUAUAUUUUUAUGCAACACAUUUAGCCAAUGCCUGUAAUAUCAAUGAUUCAAUACCAUAACCUGUACGAAUUAAUAUUGUACAUAUUUAAGAUAUCGGAUAGCAAUCCCAAAGUAAAGACAUUCUAUUGAAUUGUCAGAAUAUGAAUAUAGAGCAUAUAUUUUCAAUUGUAUCUAGGAGGAUAAGAAAAAUGCUUAAUGUUUGGUGAGAUGAAAUGUUAGUUCAAUGUUCAAGACUUCUGUUAAGUUUUUUGUUUCUGAAAUUAUAUCAGGAUUCCAAUCCAAAUGUGUACAUUGACACAUCUCCUUGUUACAUGCGUAUGCUUGUUAUUCCACCAAUAAACUCUGGUUUGCCUAAAAA